CGUUCUGGAUACUGGCUGUGGGAUUUUUUUAUUCUUCUUGUUAUUAUAUUUUUGUUCUUCGGUUGGCUUUUCCCCCCGCUGCUGCCGGAUGUGAGCCGCAGCGCGGCAGUCGCGGCGCUGCGAGCGAGGGCAGGCGCCGCUGCGGCCGAGCCCGUCUUCGCUGGGACCCUCCGAGGCCGCCUCCACAGUCAUGUGGUCAUCACAGCUGCUCUUCCUCACCAUGCUCUUCACACCGCUCGCCCGUGCGUUCAGCCGAGCCCCGGUGCCCAUGGCCGUGGUGCGGCGGGAGCUGUCGUGCGAGAGCUACCCCAUCGAGCUGCGCUGCCCCGGCACCGACGUCAUCAUGAUCGAGAGCGCCAACUACGGCCGCACCGACGACAAGAUCUGCGACUCCGACCCGGCCCAGAUGGAGAACAUCCGCUGCUACCUGCCCGACGCCUACAAGAUCAUGACCCAAAGGUGCAGCAACCGGACGCAGUGCGCCGUGGUGGCCGGCCCCGACGUCUUCCCGGACCCCUGCCCCGGCACCUACAAGUACCUGGAAGUGCAGUACGAAUGCGUCCCUUACAAAGUGGAACAAAAAGUUUUCCUGUGUCCCGGCCUGCUCAAGGGAGUUUACCAGAGYGAGCACUUGUUCGAGUCGGACCACCAGUCGGGCGCUUGGUGCAAGGACCCCCUGCAGGCGUCGGACAAGAUCUACUACAUGCCCUGGACGCCGUACCGCACGGACACGCUCACCGAGUACUCCUCCAAGGACGACUUCAUCGCGGGCAGGCCCACCACCACCUACAAGCUGCCGCACCGCGUGGACGGCACGGGCUUCGUGGUCUACGACGGCGCCCUCUUCUUCAACAAGGAGCGCACCAGGAACAUCGUCAAGUUCGACCUGCGCACGCGCAUCAAGAGCGGCGAGGCCAUCAUCGCCAACGCCAACUACCACGACACGUCGCCCUACCGCUGGGGCGGCAAGUCGGACAUCGACCUGGCCGUGGACGAGAACGGGCUGUGGGUCAUCUACGCCACGGAGCAGAACAACGGCAAGAUCGUCAUCAGCCAGCUGAACCCCUACACGCUGCGCAUCGAGGGCACGUGGGACACGGCCUACGACAAGAGGUCGGCCUCCAACGCCUUCAUGAUCUGCGGCAUCCUCUACGUGGUGAAGUCGGUCUACGAGGACGACGACAACGAGGCCACGGGGAAUAAGAUCGACUACAUCUACAACACGGAGCAGAGCAAGGACAGCAUGGUGGAUGUGCCCUUCCCCAACUCCUACCAGUACAUCGCUGCCGUGGAUUACAACCCCCGCGACAACCUCCUCUACGUGUGGAACAACUACCACGUGGUCAAGUAUUCCUUGGAUUUCGGGCCGCUGGACAGCAGAGCAGGGCAGGCUCACCACGGGCAGGUUUCCUAUAUUGCCCCACCGAUCCACCUGGAUUCGGACAUGGAGAGACCGCCAUCCAAGGGCGUAUCCGCUGCAUCCGUUCUUUUCUGCUGGAGACACCUGCACGUGCCAGUGACGGCAGCCACCACGCGCGCGCCGCCGCCGGCCGCCUCGCAGCUCCCCGGCGCCGAGAGCUGCGAGCCCACGGAGGCGCGCGACGUGGCCUGGUCGCGCACGCGCCAGGGGCAGGUGGCCAAGCAGCCCUGUCCCGUCGGCUCCAUCGGUGUCGCGACUUUCCGCUGCCUCGCGCCCGACGGCGUCUGGGACCCCCAAGGACCGGACCUCAGCAACUGCUCCUCUCCCUGGAUCAACCACAUCACGCAGAAGAUGAGGUCGGGCGAGAUGGCUGCCAACAUCGCCCGGGAGCUGGCGGAGCACACGAGGAGCCACCUCUACGCCGGGGACAUCACCUACUCCGUGUCCGCCAUGGUCCAGCUCGUCAACCUGCUCGACGUGCAGCUCCGCAACCUGACGCCCGGCGGGAAGGACAGCGCCGCGCGCAGCCUCAACAAGCUUCAGAAAAGGGAGCGCUCUUGCAGGGCCUAUGUCCAGGCCAUGGUGGAGACGGUGAAUAACCUGCUGCAGCCGCAGGCCCUGAGCGCCUGGCGGGACCUGAACGCCAGCGAGCAGCAGCGGGCGGCCACCAAGCUGCUGGACACCGUGGAGGACAGCGCCUUCGUGCUGGCCGAUAACCUGCUCAAGACGGACAUYGUCCGGGAGAACACCGACAACAUCCAGCUGGAAGUCGCGAGACUUAGCACGGACGGGAACCUGGAGGAUCUGAAGUUCCCACAGAACCUGGGCCACGGGAGCACCAUUCAGCUCUCAGCAAACACCUUGAAGCAAAACGGUCGCAACGGCGAGAUCAGGGUGGCGUUUGUGCUGUACAACAACCUGGGGACCUACCUCUCCACGGAGAACGCCAGCAUGAAGCUGGGAACGGAAGCUAUGUCGACGAAUCACUCCGUCAUCGUCAACUCCCCCGUGAUCACGGCAGCAAUAAACAAGGAGUUCAGCAAUAAGGUUUACCUGGCUGACCCCGUGGUGUUUACUGUCAAGCACAUCAAGCAGUCAGAGGAAAAUUUCAAUCCCAACUGUUCCUUCUGGAGCUACACAAAGCGMACCAUGACGGGCUACUGGUCGACCCAAGGAUGCCGCCUCCUGACGACUAACMAGACCCACACCACGUGCUCCUGCAACCACCUCACCAACUUUGCAGUGCUCAUGGCACACGUGGAAGUUAAGCACAGCGAUGCGGUGCAUGACCUGCUCUUGGACUUCAUCACGUGGGUUGGCAUCCUGCUGUCGCUCGUCUGCCUCCUGAUCUGCAUCUUCACCUUCUGCUUCUUCCGCGGGCUCCAGAGUGACCGCAACACCAUUCACAAGAACUUGUGCAUCAGCCUGUUCGUGGCAGAGCUCCUCUUCCUCAUUGGCAUCAACCGGACGGACCAGCCGAUCGCCUGCGCCGUGUUCGCCGCCCUGCUGCACUUCUUCUUCCUGGCGGCCUUCACGUGGAUGUUCCUGGAGGGCGUGCAGCUCUACAUCAUGCUCGUGGAGGUGUUCGAGAGCGAGCACUCCCGCAGGAAGUACUUCUACCUGGUGGGCUACGGCAUGCCCGCCCUCAUCGUGGCCGUGUCGGCCGCCGUCGACUACCGGAGCUACGGCACGGACAAAGUGUGUUGGCUCCGACUUGACACCUACUUUAUCUGGAGCUUUAUAGGACCGGCCACCUUGAUAAUAAUGCUUAACGUGAUCUUCCUUGGCAUCGCUCUCUAUAAAAUGUUUCACCAUACUGCCAUACUGAAACCUGAAUCUGGAUGUCUUGACAAUAUCAAGUCCUGGGUUAUAGGUGCAAUAGCCCUACUCUGCCUACUAGGACUGACCUGGGCCUUUGGACUCAUGUAUAUUAAUGAAAGCACAGUCAUCAUGGCCUAUCUCUUCACCAUAUUCAAUUCUCUGCAGGGAAUGUUUAUAUUCAUUUUCCAUUGUGUCCUCCAGAAAAAGGUCCGUAAGGAGUACGGGAAGUGCCUGCGCACGCACUGUUGUAGCGGGAAAAGUACAGAGAGCUCCAUCGGCUCAGGAAAAACCUCGGGCUCGCGGACGCCUGGAAGAUACUCCACGGGCUCACAGAGCCGGAUUCGUAGGAUGUGGAAUGACACAGUUCGGAAGCAGUCCGAGUCUUCCUUUAUUACCGGAGACAUAAACAGUUCAGCUUCACUCAACAGAGAGGGGCUUCUGAACAAUGCCAGGGAUACAAGUGUCACGGAUACUCUACCACUGAAUGGUAAUCACGGCAACAGCUACAGCAUCGCCAGCGGCGAGUACCUGAGCAACUGCGUGCAAAUCCUCGACCGCGGCUACAACCACACCGAGAACGCCCUCGAGAAGAAGAUCCUGAAGGAACUCACCUCCAACUACAUCCCCUCCUACCUGAACAGCCACGAGCGCUCCAGCGAGCAGAGCCGCAACCUGAUGAACAAGCUYGUCAACAGCGUGGGCGGCGAGGACGACGCCAUCGUGCUGGACGACGCCACCUCCUUCACACACGAGGAGGGCCUGGGCCUGGAGCUCAUCCACGAGGAGUCGGACGCGCCGCUGCUGCCGCCGCGCGCGUACGCGGCCGAGAGCCACCCGGCRCAGCUCUACGCGCGGCGGCGCAUCCCGCAGGACAACAGCGAGAGCUUUUUCCCCUUGCUGACCAACGAGCACACGGACGAGCCGCAGUCGCCCAACAGGGAUUCUCUCUACACCAGUAUGCCCGCCCUGGCCGGCAUGCCCGGGACAGAAAGCGUCACCGCCAGCACCCAGACCGACCCGCCGGCGGCCAAGGGCGGUGACGCCGAUGACGUUUACUACAAAAGCAUGCCGAACCUGGGCUCCAGGAACCACGUCCAGCAGCUCCACACGUACUACCAGCUGGGGCGAGGCAGCAGCGACGGUUUCAUAGUCCCGCCGAGCAAGGACGGGACGCCCCCGGACGGCCCCGCCAAGGGACCCGCUCACUUGGUCACCAGCCUAUAGAGGCCCAAGCGGAGGCCGCCGGCAGGAAGAUGCCCCCCUACUCGGCUCCGCGGCGCUCGGCUCCGGAGCCGGGCCGAGCCGUGGGAAGUGGCGCGUGCUCCAACGCCGAUUCCCAAGCAAGCGAAACUCUCGGACUUUUUUUACCGGAAUAAUUUUUAGGCCAGCCCGAAGAGACGAGUAACUGCUCAUCCCCAACCCCUCCACCCCAACCAACCCCUGUUUUUU